AUGGGGAACGAGCGUUGGAAAACCGUGGGAGGAGCCUCGCAACUUGAGGAUGGGCAGCAGGAAAAAUCACAGAGGAUGAGCUGUGGGUACAUCCUGUGCACCGUCCUGCUCUCGGUGGCCGUCCUCCUGGCGGUGACAGUCACGGGGGCCAUCCUCUUCAUGAACCACUACCACACGCCCGUCACCGAGUCGCCCCCCGUCAUCAGCACCAACCCCGAGGAAGCCAACGCUCUGGUGACCAUCGAGAAGGCCGACAGCUCCCGCAUCAACAUCUUCAUCGACCCCAACUGCCCCAGCGCUGCCGGCACCCUGGGCCGCAUGGAGGGGCUGCAGACCUCGCUGCUGCGCGCCGUCACCGACCACGAUGCCGAGGCCAAGGCCACCAAGGGCCAGCAGAAAGCCCUGCUGGUCACAGUGGCGGACGAGGUGGCCAAGCUGCUGAGCCACGCCGUGCAGCUGCGCGCCGACUGCGACGGCCUCAAGAAGGGGCACAGCGCCAUGGGGCAGGAGCUCAGCGCCCUGCAGGGAGAGCAGGGCAGGCUCAUCCAGCUGCUCUCGGAGAGCCAGACCAACAUGGCUCGGCUGGUGAGCUCUGUCAGUGACGUCCUGGACACGCUGCAGAAGGAGCGUGGAGGGGCCCGGCCCCGGCUCAAGGCUGACCUGCAGCGAGCCCCUGCCAGGGGAGCACGGCCCCGGGGCUGCUCCAACGGCUCCCGGCCCCGAGACUGCUUUGACAUCUAUGUGAGUGGACAGCAAGAAGAUGGGAUUUACUCCAUCUUCCCCACACACUAUCCCGAUGGCUUCCAGGUCUACUGCGACAUGACGACGGACGGGGGUGGCUGGACGGUGUUCCAGCGGCGGGAGGACGGCUCUGUGAACUUCUUCCGUGGCUGGGAAGCCUACCGGGACGGCUUCGGGAAGCUGACAGGAGAGCACUGGUUAGGGCUGAAGAGGAUCCACCUGCUGACGGUGCAGGGCAGCUACGAGCUCCGCAUCGACCUGGAGGACUUUGACAACGGCACCGCCUUCGCCCACUACGGCAGCUUCGGGGUGGGGCUCUUCUCUGUCGACCCCGAGGAGGACGGGUACCCCAUCACCAUCGCCGACUACUCAGGGACAGCAGGUGACUCCUUCCUGAAGCACAACGGGAUGAAGUUCACCACCAAGGACCUGGACAACGACCACUCGGAGAACAACUGCGCCUCUUUCUACCACGGUGCCUGGUGGUACCGCAACUGCCACACCUCCAACCUCAACGGGCAGUACCUCAGGGGCCACCACAGCUCCUACGCCGACGGCAUCGAGUGGUCCUCCUGGACCGGCUGGCAGUAUUCCCUCAAGUUCACCGAGAUGAAGAUCCGACCCAUCCGGGAGGAGAAUUAG